AUGAACUACUCCUCCCCUCUCCAAACGCUCGUUUCUCGUCGACUCUGCACAUGCAGAAGCAACACUCACCCAGCAUCACUAGCAAGACUGUUGUCCACGAGCAGCAGAUUCAAUGCGUCUAAUAGCCCCCCGGCUCCCUCGUAUGGUUCGUCCGAGCUGCUACGCCGCCGCUACCAGAAACACCGCACGCCAGAGACAGAUGCAAAGACGGAAAGAGCAAGGACCAUCAAACGCAUGAAAGUAUCAGGCUACGGGAUCGCAGCUUGCACCCUCGCCAUCAUCGGCACAAUCGCCCUGUACCCUCAAGAUGGUCAAAGCGGCUCGGUCAACGCCGUCAAGCUCGACGCACCUCCAUCUAUAGCCGGCGCUCUUGACCCGUCGUCGUCUGUAAUCGAGCAAGUCCCCACGGGGACUUCAACGAUUCCGACGUUCCCUCGCACGAUACACAUAUCUAGCGACGCACCAAGCUCUACCCCAGCUGCCGCCAACGAGGGGACGCAAUCCAACGUCGAGUACCAGCUUGUCGGCCUUGGCAUUCGCACCGUGUCGAUCUUGAGCAUCCAAGUGUAUGUGGUGGGCAUGUACAUCGCCACGUCCGACAUCGCGGCGUUGCAAGCACGCCUGGUUCACGCGGUCGCCGACCCGGUCGCGACGACCUUGGUUCCCGAAGAGAAGGGCAAGCUCAAGGACCUGCUGCGCGACCCGGAACGCGGCGAAGACGUGUGGAACGAGAUAGUCAGGGACGCCGGCAUCCGCACCGCCUUCCGCAUCGUGCCCACUCGGAACACGGACUUUAUGCAUCUGAGGGACGGCUUUGUCCGGGGCAUCACGGCACGCAGCACGCACUUUGCAAACGACAAGAACGACGCCUCGUUCCAGAGCGAAUCGUUCGGAGAGGCAAUGGGCGAGUUCAAGAGUGCAUUCGGCGGCGGCGCAAGACGCAAGCUGGCCAAAGGCGAGGUACUACUCCUGGCGCGAGACGGCCAGGGUAAGAUGACUGUCUGGGAGGAAGACAAGAACGGGCACAGGGUCAAGAUGGGCACCGUGGCGGACGAGAGGGUCGGCCGGCUGUUGUGGUUGAACUACUUGGCUGGCAAAAAUGUAAGCAGUGAGCCUGCCCGCCAGAGUGUCAUCGAGGGCGUCAUGGACUAUGUGGAACGACCAGUAGGCACAGUCGCUACACAGGUUGUAUAA